AUGGGAAAUGAUAAUGCAAUCACGUGAUUUCAUAUUGUCGCAGUGGUAAGGAUCAGUAACCAGGCACGGAACAGUUUUCUUUAUAGCUUCUUGUAUCAUCAAAAAGCUAAAAUAUUUUUCUUCUAACUAGUAUAUUACAUACAUACAAUUUAGAAUAUUAGUUUAUCGUGUAUAUAAAUUAAAGAAAAAAUAUAUAGUUUCUGUUCCUUGUAGUAUCGAACGUGUAUGUAUUUGUCAAUUUCAAGCCAGUGUUAAGUUUCGAACACGGCAUCACAUUAUAAUUACGUUAAAUAUUUGUCAAUGGUAUUAUACCAUUUAUACCUACGUGCGUCACUGUUUUGGUGUGAAAAUUAAAUCUACUCUUUUAUAAUCUCUUGUAAUACAUCGAAUUCAACCAAAAAGAAUUACGGAUAUAAUAACUGAAGGCAUUUCUUCAGAAUACGAAUAAUCCAUUUGCUAAAAAUAUAUAAAUGUGGAAUUUAUUUGUCUUUGUGACAGAAUAAAGUUGAUAAGGUAAUUGUCACCUAUCUACAGAAACUCCUAUAAUAUAAGAACUAUGCCAAAAGGAACAGAUUUUAUAUGUGGGUGUUAUUCCAUCGCAACAUCGAUAUAUUUGAGAAUAUUAAUGAUGUGUAUAUAUAACACUAUUAAAAUGUAAUGAAAAAAAUAUGCAUAAAUACAAAUCUAUAGAUAUUGGAUAUGAGAACUUGAUUUCUUAUUGGUUUGUCCUGAUUGGAAAAACAUUUAAUAUAUCGAUAAGGUUAGGAAACGGGCGUCAAUCAUGAAGAAUCCUGUAUCUAAUCAUUUAAAUGGAAAUAAUCAUCAUUCAUCACAAAAUGUACCUCCAUGUAUUGUGUCUCGUUAUGGAAAUAUGUCUAACAAUUAUCAAGUAUUAAAAGUUGCUGGACGAGAUUCUAAUUGCUACAUUGCAAAUAAUAUUGUUCGAAAAAUUGGCAAACAACAAUUGGUGUCAUUGAAUGGAAGUUCUAUAUCCUGUAAUAGUGUGAAUAUCAAUGAAGCUUUGGCAUGCGAUGUAGCUUCUGUGCCUGCUGUAAAAACUAAGGCAUUAUGUGUCCAUAUUCGAGAAAAUAAAUGGUACGAUGCUGGUAAUGUAGUUUCUGUAGGAGUUGCUGGAACUAGCUUAAACCAUGCAUUGGAAAGUAUGUCUUUAGCUUAUAAUCCCACUACAAAACAAAUAUAUUCUUUAGAGGAAUCGAAUGAAUCACAGUUGGAUACUAAACCUCAAUAUCUAGAUUCUCCUUGCGAUUAUAAGGAAGAACCUUUAAAUGACAAUUUCAAGGUUGAUGAAGAUAAAUAUACAAGACUGGAAAGUGGUAGUGCAAACAGUAGUCCUAGAAACAGUCUGCCACGUUCUUGUAGCAGUACAGUGUCUUCCCUUAGUGAAGUCUCUCCUUCUGGAAGUUUCCUGGGUUCUGAUGAUCAACAAGUUACAGAACGGACUGAGAAGUCUAAGCGUUGGGGACUAAAUACUCUUUUUUCAAAGAAUGUAUUUUCAUGGAAAAAUAAAGAUUCGCAACAAUCUACACCUACAGGUAGUCCAUCAAGAAAUAUAGAUAAGGUAGGGGGAAGUUUAGCUUUAAUACAACAGCCAAGACCAGCUAAUCUACCAGCUAAAAAUGCAGUUGAAGAAGAACGCCAUCGCAAACAAUAUAGUGCUAUUCUAGAAGCAGCAAGAAAACGGGAAUUAAGAGAAGAAAAAGAACGUAAACAUCAAAGAGAAUUGCAACUUAAAGAAGAAGAGAGAUUAGCAGAGGAUUCUCAUACUUGGAAUGUACACAUUCUUCCUAAAUUUGAAAGUGUUAAAAAUACAAAAAAGGUACGUGAAUUAUGGUGGCGUGGUCUUCCACCUAGUGUUCGUGGCAAAGUGUGGAAAUUAGCAAUUCCAAAUAAUUUAAAUAUAACAACACAUCUUUACAAUAUAUGUUUGGACAGAGCAAUAUCAAGUCCUAUAAGUGAAACAUUAGCUGCAAUCAAAUUAGAUGUAUCUCGUACUUUUCCUACUUUAUGUGUCUUUCAAGAAGGUGGACCAUUAUCUAAUAGUCUUCAAGGUAUUUUAGCAGCCUAUGCAGUUUAUAGGCCUGAUGUAGGUUACGUACAAGGUAUGAGUUUUGUGGGUGCAGUGUUAUCAUUGAACAUGGAACCUCCAGAUGCCUUUACCUGCUUUGCUAAUUUAUUAAAUCAUCCCUGUCACAGAUCUGCUUUUACAUUAAACCAGAAACAGAUGGAUAUUUAUUACAAGGUAUAUUCUAGCGCACUUGCACAUAAGCUACCAAAAAUUUUUUCCCAUUUUACAGUAGCUGGUCUUAGCCCAGAUUUAUAUUUGUUAGAUUGGUUAUAUACUAUAUAUGCUAAGGCAAUGCCUCUGGAUGUUGCAUGUAGGGUCUGGGAUGUUUUUCUUAGAGAUGGGGAUGAGUUCCUUUUUAGAACGGCACUUGGUGUGUUGCACUUGUAUCAAGAAGAAUUAUUAAAGAUGGACUUUGUACAUGGAGCACAGUUUCUUACUAGGUUGCCAGAAACUUUACAGGCAGAGGCUUUAUUUAACAGUAUUAGUCAAAUGUCUACUACUGUUGGAACAACAACGUUUCAACAAAUGUUAGUUCAAUUUUCUUCAUUGUAAUUUUGUGAAUUAUGAUGAAGGAUAUAGAAAGGUAGCCAUAUUUAAAAAAUAAAAAGAACGAAUCUCAAAUACUAUUUUUGUUAUUGUGAUUAGUAAAAGAUACUUUCUAUGCUGAAAAUUUAAAUAUUAUUUAUAUAAAUUUAAAAAAAUACAUAUAUAAAAGUGUGCUUAAAUUUCACAUAAUUUUAAAACAUAAUUCAUUCUGUUUUUCUAAAUGAGCAUUAGAAAUUUUCCAAAAAGUUUUAUUUACAAUAAAUAUUAUCGUGAUUCAAUUUGUUUUCAUAAUUAAUAUACAAAGAAGAUGAUCUUGUAUUAAAUUUUACUAUAUGAAUUACAAUACUGAAAGAUAUGAUGUACUAUUUCAUACAUUUAAAACAUAAAGAAAGCAAGAGCUUCCCAGAAAAUUGUAAACAUAUUUUAAUAAGUUAAUUGUGUAAUAAACAAGGUAUGUAAAUGUAUUCUGCUAUUAAAUAAAAAAAGGCGAAAUGUGCUAUAUUGAAGGAUAAAAUUGGACAUAAAUUUGAUAAAUAUAUAUAUAUAUUUUAUAUUUCCAAAUAAAAAAUUAAGAUAUAUAUAAUUUCUAAGAUACUUUUAUGGAACUUUAAAAGAACAAAAUUAUUAAUGUCUCAGCUUAACUUUUUAUAUUUGCAAUAUUUCAUUGAAAAACAAAAUUCAUAUAUUUCUUAUUUUUGUUGUAUAAUUACAAUGUGAAAAUAUUUUCACAAUUUCAUUAUUACAUAUUUUACAAAUAGUGAGUGAUACAUACAUGAAAGUAUGCUAUGAUAUAUUAUAUUGCACUAUAAUUUCAUUACUUCAAAGUAUCUAUCAUAGAUACUAGAUCUCAACUGCAAUGUACAUCUUAAUAAAUACUCUGAUAUACAUUUAAGUAUACUUAUUGCGAUCAGGCAGAAUAUUACAUACUCUCGUAUUAUUAUAAAUAAGCAGAAUAUUAAUUGAAAAUGUCUGAAUACUUAUAUUAAUAGUAAAUGCAUUAAUAAAUAUAACAUAAAUAAUAAAAUUAUGUGCCACAUAAUACGUAUAUACGUAUAUCUAAAAAAAAAAUACAAUUAAUUUCAAGCGAUCUUGGUGCAAAUACAACUGUUGAAAGGCAAAUAAAUAAUUAAGCUAUUUUUUUCAAAUACAUGAAUUAAUGUACAACAUUAUAUCAAUACAUCUUCUAAGCUUUAUGAUACUCAAUAUAUGUAAGACAAUUGUCCAUCAAAUGUGAAUUAAGAGAUACAAUUUCAUUAUACUUUCAUAAUAUGUAAUAGUAAAUUAAUUUUGGCAAAAUCUGCAUGAUGGAUUAAGCAAUCUCUAAAAGUAAAUAAUAUCAAGAAUAAAAUUAUAUCAAGAUUUUUGUCUAUUUAAAAAGUAAUAUUUUAAGAAUUAAUUAUAAAACUCAAUAAUAUCUAUUUACAAUAAUUUUAUUCAUAAAAUCCUUUUUUGUUUUGUUUAUUGUUGUAAUAGAUUACAUUUUAUUUAUUCAUAUAUGUAGAAAUUAAUGAUGCAAAGUGUAAGCAAUGUCUUUAGUUUUAUUACACGCACAAGAAGACAGUAAAUAGAAAGUUGCAAUAUUAGUAUCAAUUUAAAUAAUUCGAAUAUUCAUUUAUUAUUAAUUAACAUAUAUUUUAUUUGCUAUAGUCUUAUAUAAUACAAGAUCUUGUCCUUUAAGUGGCCUUUAUAAUAAGAGGAAUAUAUUCAAAUUUAAGAGUUUAUAAUUUUUCUAAUUAUUAAGCUUCAUUAUAUAUACAAGUUUCAAAAACAUAUUUUCUUACAACUUAGCUAUUGUAAGCUUAUUGUAUGUGCUUGUUGUGUAAUGUUUCGUUUUCGUCUUCGUGUUAUACUUUCCGUUUGAAUCGUUUAAAGUAAUAAUAUACUGAAAAUAGAACGCAGAAUAUGAUAUAGCCAAUGUCAGUGUUAACUGAAUUAUUCCAUUUCAUUAUAUAAACAUUUCCAAAUACAAGCACAUUGCAAUAACUGCUUAUAGCAUGGCUUAAUGCUUUAAAUAGAAUUUGAACGUUAUACAAACUAGUUAUCUGAAAAUAUAUAAUAACAUCUAAAUAAAUAUCUUGCGAAAUAUAUGGCAACUAGUGAUAACAUAAAAUAUUAUAAAAUUAUAUUGUCUGAAUAAAUUUGGGCUUUUUUUUUUGUCUUUUUUGCAAAAGAAAAUCCCAAUGAACAACUCGGAAUAUGAAGAAUAGUGGAAAAUUAAAUGUAAACUUGGAAUCUCUUAAAAACCCGUGAUAUUCUAAUUUUUAAUUGACAAUACUCUUAUUCCAUCCACUAUUCAGAUUGAUUGAUUACUCAACGGUUUAGCGUUCGCUAAUAUACAUUUACAUUAUUAAAUACAAUUGUAAAUAUAAGCAUAGGUUGCAGAAUAAAAUAGUAUGAAACUAUACGAAAAUGAGCAUAAUUAUAUUACGAUAAUUUGCUUUCUGUAUAUGUAUGUAGAGGAACGCGCUCGCACAUUUAUGUGUAAUCGAUAAAUUUUAUUAACGAAGUAUAUCGAUUAAAAAAUGUUAUUAACAUACUUACGACAUUAUGCUAAAUGAUUAUUAAUUUUAAUUUCCCAAGAAUUAUAGUUUAAGGGUCGUUUUACUCAAAUUUCUUUUUGUCAAAUACUUUGAAUUGAUAAAUCAGUAAUAAAUUUAUGAUAUAUCGAAUAUACACAUAUAUAAAAUAUGUUCAUACUAAUGUAUUCUUCGUAAUCUUUCACGAUCUUUUCUCUCUUUCAUAAAUUAACAUACGUAUAUAAUAUAACAAACAAGUGCGUGUUUCUAUUUCUAAACAUAUAAUGACAACGUGCCAACCGUUUAAUGGUUGUACUAAUAGAGAAGAAAUAAAUUAUCCUCCGUAUAUAUCUCUUACUAUCAUGUCUUCUAUUCUUUUUUCAAUUAUCACAAUAGUUUUAGGUGGUUAUCGAAAUAUAUACAUUAUAUUUUCUUUAGGGGAAUUAUAUUACCCUACGCUUUCUUAAUUACACAUCCUAUAAUCAGAUUAUAAUUACAGAACCAAUUAGUUAAAUUAGCUUAAAUACAGAAAAUGUAUGUAUGUGUAUCGUAUGUAAAUGUGUUGUAAGCUUGUAUGAAAUAUGUUGAGAUACAUGUAGGCGUAUCUACAAAUGUUAUGUAAAUAUUAAACUUUUAUGAAAAAUCAUAUCUUGAAUAUUUCACAUAUUAUAUUUAUCUUAUUAACGUCAAAGGUAAAAAAAACACUAACUUGUUAAGUAUCAUUUUAAGUAUAUGAAACUUUCCUGUAAUUUAUCAGUAUUAAAAAGAAAAUGUUUCAACGAAACAAAUGAUCAUUUUGUGGAAUAUUUACAGAAGAAAUCUCAUAUAUCUGAUAUUAUAAUUAAAUUUGAUGAGUAGACAGAUGUUGAUAUAUUGGGAAUGAACAUAUGUGAUUAUAUCUAUAUUGAAGAGUAUCGUUGUCGUUAUACCUACACGUAUCUUAUGCCCUUAAUUUCGUUGUUUAACAGAGAUUAAGAUUAAAAUAGCUAACAAAUGAUAAAUGAUAAAAAAAAACCAGAAUUUUCUGAAUGCGAAAUUGAAUAUGAAUGAACGAACAGUUACGUAUGAUCUAUAUGCGACACUUCUGUGUUCCUUGUCGUUAGUGCCUCUCGAUAGAGGAACUCAUUGUAUAUUUUUUACGCGUUUUAUCGUGUACAUUUACCUUAAGUGCGAUAUCCUAAUAUAUAUUUUGUAAAAAAUCGAACUCAGUAUUUAUUUUGUGAAAUGUGCACAUCAAUAAUGAUGUAAAACUUGUAGCUAGGGUGUCAGUGUGUUAAGCGACUGUCACGAAAUUUUUACACAGACAACUGAAUCCCUUUUGCAGGGGUUUAAAAGCUGUCGAAAAUGAACAAAUUUCAAGUACAUAUUUAACAAAAUUUCGUAAAUAACUUUACUUGAAAUUUUCAUACUCAUGUCUCUUUGAAUAUAUUUAGUACUAAUAAUAUGAAAAAUAUUUUGUAUAUAAGGGCGUGCUUGCUUCGAAAUUUAAAGGUGAGAGAUAAGAAAAACUCGAUUCUAUUUAUUGCAAUGGUGUAACAACAGUUUUUAUAUCGUGUAAUGGACGACAGUGAAAUUAUAUAAAUGUACGUGUAUGUUAUACUCUAAAUGAUGCCAGCGACAUAUCUCAAUGGAUCAUUUUUGUUCGCAUACGAAUAAAUUACACUUUAAAAUAUUA